AUGAAAAUUGAUUUUACUUUCAAUAUCUUCUUGAGCAGGUGGCUGUCAGAGUCAGCUCGGUGGCUGGUUGUGACCAACAAACCUCAAAAGAGCUUAAAGGAGCUUAGAAGAGUUGCACAUAUAAAUGGAAUGAAGAGUUCUGGAGACACCCUAACCAUGGAGGUUGUGAUAACCACCAUGAAGGAGGAGCUGGAGACCUCACAGACAAAAUCUUCGCUGUGGGAUCUGUUCCGUACACCCAACAUGCGCAAGCGGAUGUGUCUCCUGUGCCUUGUGAGAUUUAUGACAUGGGUGUCUAUGUUUGGCCUGAUGUUAAACUUCCAGUACCUGAAGACUAAUGCCUUCCUAUCACUGUGUCUUAACGGUAUUAUCAGCAUCCUAUCCAGUUUACUUGGAACUUUUUUACUGAAUCACAUGGGCCGUAAAAUAAGUCAACUGUUUGUCAUAUCCCUGUUUGGAAUUUCCUUUUUGGCCAUAGCAUUUGUGCCUCAAGAAAUGAAGAUCCUGCGUACGGUUUUGGCAACUUUGGAAGGAGGACUUUCUUUUAUCUCUGCUUGCAGUAUUCUUGUGCAUUCAAAUGAGCUACUCCCCACCACAAUCAGGGCAACUGCUUUAGGAAUCAUUGGAAUUUCUGGAAAUAUUGGGGCAGCCUUGUCUCCUCUGUUUAUGAUACUCGUAACAUACUUUGACUCCUUACCCUGGAUCAUCUACGGGGUCUUCCCCAUCAUUGGUAGCCUUUUUGUCCUUCUUCUUCCUGAGACCAAGAAUCAGCCUCUGCCUGACUCCAUACAAGAUGUGGAAUAUGAGCAGCACCCCUUCAGAACCCUGAAUGACUGGACCUGCGGGACGGGUCAAGUGGCGCCUGAACAGGGACCUGAAGUACGGUCAGCUGUCGGACGGCGAAAAGACAGCCCGGGACAAAGAGGAUCCUGUAGAGAGCUAAACUCAAGCUCUUUUCAGGUGGAGGCAGCCCCCCUUCGGACGGGUCAAGUGGCGCCUGAACAGGGACCCGAAGUACGGUCAGCUGUCGGACGGCAGAAAGACAGCCCGGGACAAAGAGGAUCCUGCAGACAGCUAAACUCAAGCUCUUUUCAGGUGGAGAGGCCAUUUGGAUUCCAAUUCCUGCUCAAAUUUAUUCUUUUCCGAUAUCUGAUGAUCUUGGUGGCUAUCUGUAACUUUACUGGUUUAACAACAGGGAGCACCCAGCUGCUGGAGGAGGCUCGUCCUGAUUGCUCUGAGAUCACCAGUACCGCUGACCUCAUUUCAGAGGGUGGAGUCCGCAUUCCGCUGACAGGAGUGGUCAAGUUUUCCGGCAGAUUUAGAGGAGACCGAAAG